GGACGACCCUCCAGGGCUCUGGCUUGGCUUGGGACAACGUACUUGCGUAGCUGACAGCUCUUGGAGGGCUUGAUCUUUCUUCUGUGCAACCUCAGUAUUUCCGACUUCGACACAGAUACAGCUCAACCAAGAGACUGGCUUGCUCAGUUGCCGUCAAGACUCGAGCCAAGAAUCCUCAGCCGAUCCUUCCUGUACCUAUCGCCAAUCCUCGCUGUCAACCAACACAAAUUCAAUCGCGGCGACACUGCGGCUCAGCGACUCCAGGCAGUCGUGUGUGUUGUGCAGCCAAGCACGACGGCAAACAAAGGACGAAAGCGAAUAGAGGCACUACCACUUCUAGAAAAGUCUCAUCAAAACGAGAGAAGUGACAGGCAGCUUUCUCCGUGACAAUGCCCCUCCACCACAACCCAAUGGCCCGAGCCACCAUCGCGGCAACCCUGCUCGGCACGACGUCAAACAUCAUCGCGCAGCUGCUCCAGGCACACAACAACAGCAGGGAAUCCUCAUCCUCUUCAUCGACAUCGACAACGUCGUCUUCGGCCAAGUACAGCCUCGACGUCAUCCAGAUCGUCCGCUUCGCGUUCGUCGUCUUCCUCACCACCCCACCAAACUAUCUCUGGCAGGCCCUCCUCGAGCGCCUGUUCCCCGCAAAACUAAACUGGACCAACACCCUAACCAAAUGGUUCAUCGACUGCAUCACCCUCGGCGCGCUCUUCAACACCCUCGCCUUCUUCAUCCUCACGGGCCUGCUCAAGAACCAGCCCCUGAGCCAGAUCGCCCACACCGUCCGCACCGAGACCAUGCCCCUCAUCGUGGCGGGUUAUCGGGUCUGGCCGUUUGCCUCGAUCAUCAGCUUCACCGUCGUGCCCGUCGAGAAGAGGGUCGUGUUUCUCAAUUUUGUGGGCCUGCUCUGGGGGGUUUACAUGUCGUUUGUCGCCGCGAGGGUCUGA